GGGGCGGGCACUGUAUCUUGCGAACGACAGAAAUGGCAACCAACUGUGCAUCUGCAUUACAGAUCACCAACCAAUGGGUGGUGGCAGCGCUGAUUGUGUUCCUCCAAUAGGAAAGGGGCAGACGGGGAGGCGUUACUUCCUGGAGACUUCAGGUGUGGUAGCCGGCGCUGCGCCCAUAGCCAGGACGGGGAUCUGAGCUGGCAGGAUGAAUGUGGGGGUGGCGCACAGCGAAGUAAACCCCAACACUCGAGUGAUGAAUAGCCGAGGCAUCUGGCUGGCCUACAUCAUCUUGGUAGGACUGCUGCAUGUGGUUCUACUCAGCAUCCCCUUCUUCAGCAUUCCUGUUGUCUGGACCCUGACCAACGUCAUCCAUAACCUGGCUAUGUAUGUCUUCCUUCAUACGGUGAAAGGGACACCUUUUGAGACUCCUGACCAAGGAAAGGCUCGGCUACUGACACACUGGGAGCAAAUGGACUAUGGGCUCCAGUUUACCUCUUCCCGCAAGUUCCUCAGCAUCUCUCCUAUUGUGCUCUAUCUCCUGGCCAGCUUCUAUACCAAGUAUGAUGCUGCUCACUUCCUCAUCAACACAGCCUCAUUGCUCAGUGUACUGCUGCCGAAGUUGCCCCAGUUCCAUGGGGUUCGUGUCUUUGGCAUCAACAAAUACUGAGGGAUGGGUUUUGGGACAGCUCCAUGGGCAUAGGGAAGGCAGUGAAACAGAGGACUAUAAAACAUCCUUCUCUUAUUCUCCA